ACGAAUUCGCAAGCCCUACGCCACUGCCUCUUUCUAGAAGGUACCGGAAGCACCGAGAACUGGAUAGAAAGAUCAAGACGCUUCUAGAGAGAGAUGCGAGCGGUAUAUAACCAAUCGAAGCCGCAGAGCAGGGCAGUGCGAUAGAAACAGCGGUCAGUGCCGUACACUCAAUUAGAUAUAAGUUGUAGAAAUAAAUUAAUGUAGUAGUGAAAAUAAAUUAGUGUAAUAGUUGAAAUAAAUCAUCUGUAAAUAGUUAUUUAUAGUUGUGUACCUGAAAUAAAUUAGUGUUAGCCAGAAGUACCGAUGUAAUUAACCGAAAAACGUUACAAUUGGUGUCAGGUGUGGGGUUCGCGUGUGUUUUCGAACCGAGAGUUAAUUAAAUCGUGAACAUUUCUGUGGACAUUAUCGUGGACAUUUGUUUAGUGGACAUUCUCGUCAAAAUAUCUGUGGACAGUAGUGUGAACAUUUUUGUGACCAUAUUUUUGAAUGCCAUUUAUGAGAAUCGCAGUCAAGGAUAAUGGAUCAGACAACCUUGGAUUUCUUUAAGCAAGCUUUUGAACAACUGACCAAGGAAGUGCAGGACUAUACCACAGAAAUAAAGGAAAGUUUCAAAUCGUGUAGAAAUGAAAUAAAGGAUAAUUGUAGAAGAAUGAUGGAUAACACGAAAAGGUUAGAGAAUACUAGGAAUGAGGUUGAAUCCAAGGAACUGGAGGACCAUGAAAGGAACCAGAAUAAUCAGGAAGUGUCAAAAAUGAUGGAAGCUAUACCAGAUAGAAAAAAAGAACGUUUGCAAAUGACGGGAGCCAGAAGACUGAAACUAGAAGAAUACAGGGCUUUUCAGAAAUUCCUGAAGAAUGUUUGCAGCGUGGAGAUCUGGUUGAAUAAAAAGCUUCAUAUAGCGGCAGAUGAGAGCUAUAGGGAACCUCAUAACCUGGAAAGUGAAAUCCAGAAGCAUUCUUCAUUCGAGGCAGAGGUUAUGGACAGCGAUGAAAGAGUGCAAAGCGUAAUAAACGAGGGAGAACAGUUACUACAUUCGAAUCACUAUGCCAAAGAUGAAAUAGUCAUAAGGCUGGAAGAAAUCAAAGAGGAUUGGAAGAGACUGUUGGAACUCAAGCAGAUCAAACGGGAAAAGCUGAACGAGGCAUAUCAAGCACUGCUCUUCAGGAGGUCCGUCGAAGAGUUUGAGGUUUGGCUAGGUGAAGUCGAGAUUCAAGUUAGUAACGAUUUCGGAAACGACUUGGCUUCAGACAACAACAUCCUAAGAUGCCACCCCGCUCUGGAAAAUGACUACCAACAUCGCCUAGAGAAGUACGAGAGCAUCAACGAGAUAGACGGAGAGGUACAGUGGUUCAGCGACAGGAAAUCGCUGGCAGCGUCUUUGGACCUGGAUAUCAGUCUUACCGUGGUCCAGAGCUUACAGAAAAAGUAUCGGACGCUGGAGGUCGAGCUGAACUCGAGGGAACACAUCGUAAAGAGUUUGAUGGAUAGGGCGGUCAACAUGAUGAGAUCCGGUCAUGAGUUCUCCAAUGAUAUCAGUGUGAAGGUGAAGGAAUUGGAGAAUCGAUUUGUGAUGGUAAAGGAUAUGGCCAGUCUGAAGAUGUUGAGGUUGCAAGAUGCCCUGGAAUCGGAAAAGUUUUACGAGGAGAGUUCAGAAGCUGAGGCCUGGAUUGAUGACAAGUUGUCGGCGUUGGCAACAAGUGAGGUUGGUAGAGAUGAGAUUUCCAUUCAGAUGUUGCAGGGAGAGCUGAGUAUAAUAACUGCUGAAGUUGAAGCUUACCAGGAAACGAUCGAUAAAUUAUCUCAGAGGUGUAGCAAUCUUGUGAAAAGAGAGCACUACGAUGCAGAUAACAUCAAGAAAAGAGAGGAAGAAAUAGUGCAAGAGUACAAGAAGUUACGUCAGCUAGUGGCUCAGAGUGAAGUAUCCCUCUCUGAAGCCUUCCAGUAUUUCGGAUUCCUCCAAGAGUGCACCAAGCUCCAAGAAUGGAUCAAGGACCAGAUGACCAAUUCCAAAAUUGAAAAGCAUGGAGUUGAUGUCGAGCAUGCGGAACUUCUAAUUCAUGCCUUCGACACUUUUUACGCUAGUUUAAUGAAUAGCGAGGCAAGGCUCCAAUCAUGUUUAAUCAGUGGAAAUGCUCUGAUAGAAGCUAAAUGCAGAUAUAGCGCCAAGAUCCAGGAGAAGAUGAUUGGGGUCCAGACUCAAUGGAAGGAUCUCUUGGAGCUGGUAAACGGUCUGAAUGAACUCUUGGUCGGAGCAAAACAGGUGCAUAUGUUCGAUAGAAGAGCUGAAGAAAUAAUCUCUUGGAUAAGCGAGAAAGAGGUUGACUUGUGCUACGAUACCAUUAGCCAAGACCCGGAAAGUAACCAAGAUUUGCUCAGAAAACCUCAGACUUUCGAAGACGAGUUGGAAGUGAUCGAGGACAAGGCGAACUUUAGAGAGCAAGAAGCCAAGAAACUUGUCGAGGAAUUCCCAGAAACCAAUGAGCACAUUGACAGCAAGAGGGAAGAUACGCUGGAAGCUUACAAAUAUCUUGUUGUGUGCGCAGAGAGGAAGAAAUAUAACUUGCAGCAAUUGGAACCAUCCCGAGGUUAUUUUAACCAAGAAAUUGCCGAGAAGUUAAAAAUCCUGAAGCUUGGAUUAGGGACUUGGAAGAAGCGAAAGGAUAUCUGCGAUCAGAACCUGGACGUUCAGUUAUUCAAGAAGGAGGUGUCCGUAUUCGUGAAUUGGCUGAUAACGAGGGACGACGCUCUCAAGGAAGAGAAACUGGAAGAUCUGAUCGGGAGGUAUUGCGACUUUGAGGAGAGGUUCAAAGUUCAAGAGAAGACUGUUAGGUGCUAUUUCUGUGAACAAGGAAAUUGCAGAAACGGAGAAUCCUGUAGAUUUAGCCACUGCGCCGGAUAUGUUCAGGGACUGAACAUCCUAGGAAGGGGGCAGUGUAACGAAUUCGCAAGCCCUACGCCACUGCCUCUUUCUAGAAGGUACCGGAAGCACCGAGAACUGGAUAGAAAGAUCAAGACGCUUCUAGAGAGAGAUGCGAGCGGUAUAUAACCAAUCGAAGCCGCAGAGCAGGGCAGUGCGAUAGAAACAGCGGUCAGUGCCGUACACUCAAUUAGAUAUAAGUUGUAGAAAUAAAUUAAUGUAGUAGUGAAAAUAAAUUAGUGUAAUAGUUGAAAUAAAUCAUCUGUAAAUAGUUAUUUAUAGUUGUGUACCUGAAAUAAAUUAGUGUUAGCCAGAAGUACCGAUUUAAUUAGCCGAAAAACGUUACAAUAUUACCACCCUCAACUCAAUAUUUGCGGGCGGCCCGCAUACUUGUUUUGUUUUUGAUAAUGACUUAUCAGACCAUCGUGCAAUCUUACUCGAGCCUACAGGUGACACUCAGAAUAAAAAGUGGUCAAUAAAUGAAGUUAGAAGAUUGUUUUCCGAAUCCAAUAUAAGUAGUUUUCGGGAGGCAUUGCAGAAGGAAAAUUGGACUGGGGUCUAUCAUGUUGAUUGUUUUGAGGAGGCAUUUAACGAAUUUUAUGAUAUCUUACUUUAUAAUUUUGACUUGUGUUUUCCAAUGCAGAAAUACUACGUUGAACAAAACGACAAAGGAUGGAUGAAUUCAGACAUCAAAGAAUCUAGCGCCCUAUUAAAGCGGUUGUUCGAUUUGAAGAAGGUUGAUGUUUCUUUGGCGGAUGUUUAUAAAAAGGCAAAAAAAGAUCAUGUGAAAUCACUCAAGAAUUCCAAAAGAAGAUACUACCAGAAUAGAAUCGCAAAUGCUGAAAAUAAUUCUAAAGCCCUAUGGAAUGUUGUAUCCGAGAUAACGAAUGAAAGAAAUGAACAAAAAAAUAUAACUAUUACUAGAGAAGAAAGUUCAAAACUUCUUGUGUCACAUAUUGACGCCUCCGAUGACUCAGUUGUGGUGCCUAUAAAUGAUUUCAACUGUCACUCUAUGUUUCUGCAACCUUUUAGCGAAACUGAACUUUAUAAUACACUAAUAACAAAAAUUAAGAGUAGAAAAUCUUCAGGUAUGGAUGAAAUACCGGCUUUUGUAAUAAAAAAUAUUCUAGACAUAAUCAUAAAACCAGUAACUUACCUCGUAAAUAUGUCAUUCGAAUGUGGUGUUUUUCCUUCAAAAUUGAAGUUGGGAAAAGUUACACCUAUUCAAAAAAUAAAAGAAUGAACACAAUUGAGAAUUUCUGACCUGUCACCGUACCACAAACUUUGUUAAAGAUUUUUGAAUAUGCUUUUUUGGAACGAAUGUUAGACUUCAUAAACAAACAUCAUAUUAUAAAUUCCACACAACAUGGUUUUCGCAGUGGUAAGUCCACUCAGUCGGCUUUAUUGCAUUUUUAUAAUACACUUGUCGAUUUUCUCAAUAAUGGCGAGUGCCCUGCUGCAAUUUUAUGUGACUUAAACAGGGCUUUCGACUGUGUGAACCAUCAGAAAUUAUUGAAUAUUUUAGAAUCUUACGGUUUCAGAGGGCGGCCUUAUAACUGGUUGAGGACUUUUCUUGAAAAUCGAAGCCAGUAUGUUGUUUUGAGGUUUAAGGUUGAUGGUUUGAUAUCACUGGUGACGUCGAAGAAGGAAUCGGUGUGUAUGGGUGUGCCUCAGGGGUCCAUAUUGGGGCCGAUUCUCUUUUUGUUAUAUAUAAAUAGAUUUGGAGCCAGUAUAGUCUCCACGAUUUUGUUGCGUAUGCGGACGAUAUAUUCUUUUUAAAGUCUUCGACAAAUGCGUUGUUCUUAAGAGAAGAAGUCGAGAAAUUGUUGUACGCCGCUUGCAGGUUUUUCAGCAACCACGAUCUAUAUUUAAAUGCUAAGAAGACCCAAGUCAUUCGUUUUCAUAACUAUAAACAACAGUCUGUUGAGUUACUACUUGAUCUCGGUGAUACACUCCUGUCCAAUAUGAAUACGGUCAAAUUUCUUGGUGUUGAAUUUGAUGAACACGUCAACUGGGUGUCGCACUGUGAGGGUCUGGCUUCGAAGUUGCACUCUUACUAUUACAUGUUUAGAAACUUAAGGGCGGUGCUGGAUGUUGACCAGCUUGUGAGUAUCUAUUAUGCACAAGUGGAAUCUCGUCUUCGAUAUGGAAUCUGCUUGUGGGGCAUCUCAACCAAAUCAAAGGAUGUAUUUGUUGCACAGAAAGCAAUUUUGAGGUGCAUUUUUAACAUCCCUAGAAGAGAAACCUGCACACUGGCUUUUAGGUCCGGCAAUAUUUUGACGCUUGCCAGUUUAUAUAUUUUUGAAAUUUCGUGUUAUAUUUAUAGCAACAUAAGCUCUUUCAAACGUAACGAAGAGAUUCAUAACAUGAAUACACGCCGAAAAGGAUUGAUUCACAGGCAGGUUGCAAAAUACAGGAUUGCUCAGAGUGCACCUAACUAUCUAGGACCACGUAUUUUCAAUCAUUUAUCGGAAAAUAUUAGGUCCAGUUCAACACUUAAGAUGUUUAGGACGCGUCUCAAAGCAUUUUUGAUGCGGAAUACUUUUCAUACUGUGCAAGAUUUUUGUAACUGUCCUGUACAUUAAUAUGAGUUUUAUAUAUGUUUAUAUAAUUGUUUUUGAUUUCUAUGUUGAAGUUUGUUGAUAUUUCUAUAUUUUAAAAUUUUUGACGUUUCCGAUACAAUGUAAUAAUUGUCUUAUGGAAAUAAAGAUUUGAUUGAUUGAUUGAUUGAAUCAUUUGCUGUACAUGGAUGAUUUGAAACUAAACUCAGACAAUUAGAACCACCUAGAAAUAAUGGUUAAACUAGUGGAGAAGAGAGUCGAAAGAUGUAGGUAUGGAAUUCGGAUUGGACAAGUGUUGUAUGCCACAUAGUGAAAUAACGUCUGAGGCAGGGGUCUAACGGACAUCGUGGAUCUUGCUAAUGGGCAGAUAGAAAGCCUACGGGAAUACAGAGAUCGGGCAACAAGUACAUCAGAGGUCUACAAAAUACUGUGUGGAGCAGACGAAUCAACACCUUUACAACUUCACAAGGAGCAAUUUUCAUACAACCAUCAGACAAGCCAAGAAAAACUAAAAAGAUGGAGAGAGAAGCCCCUGCAUGGAAGACAUUUCAACGAGGUGAACCAGGAUUAAAGCGACAUUGAAGCGCGAAGAAUUGGCAACCAUAUUGAAACUAAUUCAUUCUGACAAAGUGCCAUACUACAAGUACCAAUCGGAGACCAGAUAUACUACGAGUAGAUAAACAUAAAAAUACAGCAAUACUCAUCGACGUAGCAAUACCAAUUCCCCAGUCGUUUGGUACAGCUCCUCCCAUAUUACGAAUUGGUAGACUAAAAACGAAUUGAGGUAAUAUAAUAUAUAAUUUAAGUUAAAUUCAGCUAAUAGCUUACCUGUACAUAUAGCUGAUAACUAUUUCUAUAAAACCACUUAUGUGCAUUCAAAUUAUCUUAGA